AUGUUAUUUCUUUUUUCUACCAUUUGUAAAUACCUUUCUACUAUUCUUUCUUUCCUUUUUUCAUUUAUUCAUUCAUUCUUUCUUUCUUUCUUUCUUUUAUACUCUCAGUCAUGUUCUUUCUUUUCUACCCUAUCUUUCCUUCUUUUUUCUAUCUACUAUAUGUACUAUGCAAUGUUAUUUCUUUUCUUUACCUUUUCAUUUCUUUCUUUCGUUUUUCUAACAACCCUCUUCAAUAUUAUUUAUUUUCUCUGCCUUUUCAAAUUUUCUUGCUUUAUUUUCUUCAUCCUCUUUUCUUUGAAAUACGGAAUUUCACUUCAAUUUCUCAUCUUUUUCCCGCUUUCUUUUCUACUUGAUAUCUUUUUCUUUUUUCUUCGACUUUUUCUUGUAAUUAUUGUUGUUCUGUUUUUUUUUUUUAAUUUAUCUUCUAUCACUUUCUCUCUUUUAAUUUUUAUUAUUUUCUUUGUUCUUUUCUCCUUCUUUGUAUUUUCCCCUUUCUCUAUCUUCUAUUCUUCCAUUACACUAUUCUUUUUUUCUUUUCGCUUGUUAUCCUUUUCCAUGUUUUCUCUUCUUCUUUCUUUCUUUCACUUCUUAAUUAUCGUCGUCUUCUUUGUAAACACCCACGCCGUAACUUAA